UUUGUUUUUAUUCAAUAUAACACACAUGUGCGAGGUUCAAACACUGAGUUCUAAGAGAAUUUUGUUAAUCAACAGAAGUCAUCGAUAUCUAAAUGGAAUUCGGUAUUUUUUCUGACGAUUUUUUUGAAACAAAAGAAUCUGACCAAAAGGAACAAACUGCACCACAGUCAACGUGGACGGCUCAUCGAUCGGAACCAGGGUGGUUUCACGAAGUAUGUGAAAGAGCGUGUGAAAAUGAUGUUUCAUUCAACAUGAAGCAUUUGCGUGCAAAUCACUUGUACUUUACCGGUAGCUAUACUGAAGCAGCGUGUGCUUUUACAGAAUUAGUUAAGCUGAUGAGAACUGGAAACCAUCAAAGGGAAGUGGCUGAGGGUCUUGCUCGCAGUUUAUUGAAAAUUGGAGAUACAAAGUUGAGCCUUGAGGCAGCCAGCCAAUUAAAACUCAGUUGCAAGAGUGAAGCCCAUUUCGCCUCAUAUCACAUGUUAUGUGCAGAAAUACAUAAAAAAAACCAUGACCAUAGCAAGGAGCUCGUUCAUCUGCAACAGGCAAUCAAGAUCCAUUCAAUGAAUACCGACAUGUGGCUUAAAAUAGCUGAGUGCUAUAGCCAAAUGAGCCGGAUUGACCCCUAUGCUGUUCCGUUCACGUUGUCAAAAACCAAAGACGUAACAUGGUUUGCUGCGGCAAGCUUAUUACGAGUGGAAAUCAUUUUGAAGAGUUUAGUCGGCAGAGAAUCUGGCGGUGCUUUGAAAAAGAAACGCAAUCAAAAGUUACAGAACCGUGUUCAUCCCGUGGUUGCCAGUCUUCCGCCGAUUUUCAUUUCGAAAGCUCAUGAAGCUUUGUGUCGGGAUGUAUUCAACCUAGAAUUUCAAACACAAGACGAAUCUGAAUUUGUCGAUUUGGGAAGUUCCAAAUUGAACAAAACUGGAGAAAACGAGGAGUCUGUCGUUACGAUGGCAAGUGAACGUCCGGGAGAUUGGUUUGAAAAGCAGUGGUUCUCUUUUGCUGAUUCCAUUCAAGACGUGUAUUAUGUACCCCAAGUUAACAUGUGUGAUGCUUAAUGCACGGUAAACGAUUGUUUAUUAUUCGCUUGGCCUCGUCGGGCAAUGUAAGAAAAUUUAAAAUUUUCCUUUUUUUUUAAGCAAUUGAAAAGCGGAAGAAGAAAGGGUGGAUACCGUCUUCUAAAAAGUCUUUAAAAGCAAAAGCACGACCAGCAAAACUUGUGUUAAAUGGAUUAAAAUAUGACUGCGUUCAUAUAA